AUCAUCAAAAAUGGGCAAAGGCGAUCCUAAGAAGCCGAGAGGUAAAAUGUCUUCAUACGCGUUCUUUGUGCAAACCUGCCGGGAGGAGCACAAGAAGAAACAUCCAGAUGCUUCAGUGAACUUUUCAGAGUUCUCAAAAAAAUGCUCAGAACGAUGGAAGACUAUGUCCUCUAAGGAGAAAGGGAAGUUUGAAGACAUGGCAAAGGCUGACAAGCUUCGUUAUGAAAAAGAAAUGAAAAACUAUGUACCACCUAAGGGGGAAACAAAAAAGAAGUUCAAGGAUCCAAAUGCACCGAAGAGGCCUCCUUCGGCAUUUUUCUUGUUUUGCUCUGAGUUUCGUCCAAAAAUCAAAGGAGAACAUCCUGGUCUGUCCAUUGGAGAUGUUGCAAAGAAGCUGGGAGAGAUGUGGAAUAACACCGCUGCAGAUGAUAAACAGCCUUAUGAAAAAAAGGCUGCUAAACUGAAGGAGAAGUAUGAAAAGGAUAUUGCUGCAUAUCGGGCCAAAGGGAAGGUCGAUGCAGGAAAAAAAGUAGUUGCCAAGGCCGAGAAGAGCAAGAAGAAGAAGGAGGAGGAGGAAGAUGAGGAUGAAGACGAGGAGGAUGAAGAUGAUGAAGAAGAGGAAGAGGAGGAGGAUGAAGAUGAUGAUGAUGAUGAAUAAGUCUCUUUUAGAGCAAUUUCUUUCUUGUCUAUAAAGCAUUUAACCCCCCUGUACACAACUCACUCCUUUUAAAGAAAAAAAAAAAUUGAAAUGUAAGGCUGUGUAAGAUUUGUUUUUAAACUGUACAGUGUCUCUUUUUUUGUAUAGUUAACACACUACCGAAUGUGUCUUUAGAUAGCCCUGUCCUUAGUGGUAUUUCAAUGGCCACUAACCUUGCCUGGUACAGUGUGGGGGUUGUAAAUUGGCAUGGGAGUUUUAAAGCAGGUUCUUGUUGGUGCACAGCACAAAUUAGUUAUGUAAGGGGAUGUAGUUCAUUCUUCAUCUUCAGUUGUCUCUGAUGCAUCAUAAAAGUAAUUGUUGUUCUGUUAACUGAAUACCACUCUGUAAUUGCAAAAAGGAAAAAAAAAAAGUUGCAGCUGUUUUGUUGACAUUCUGAAUGCUUCUAAGUAAAUACAAUUUUUUUUAUUAG